CCAUGACGGUAUACGAAAUGUUCCAGCCCAACCGUGGCCAGCAUCCCAUCCAAGCCAAUUCUCCUUGCCUGUGGUUGAACCUGGGACGUGUAGCACAUGGGAUCAUGGGCGCGGUACGUGAGAUGGAGAGGACAUGUGAAACACGGCAUCACGUAAUCAGCCGUCGUCGUCGUUGUGGUUGUUACAAUGUUUGCACAACUCAUUCUCUAUCUCUCACUCACGCCAGCACGAGAGAGGAGGCCUGCACGCGAUCCGACGUUGGGGCGGCCCAAGCGUCCUCGCCAGAGAGCAGCCGCGGCAAGGGUCUACGCUGGUCCGGUCUGGUCACUUCUGCACUCAGUCAGUCAAUCAAUCAGUCAAUCAGUCAAUGGGAGGCCAUUCAGUCUACCGGCGAUCGGCACUGCAGCCAGAGUGCUGUCUGCCCGCCCAUCUCACGCUAUCAAAUGCAACGGCGCCCGCUCUACCAAUUAGCUUGUCCCUUCAUCACCGAGCCCGGACUGGACGAGGGAGAAAAGAUGACGGCCACAACAAAAAAGUCAAGUCCGAGUGAGAAGUGCGAUGGAUACGUGAUCCAGGUACAUCAUGUACGUACACCUGACAGAGACGACACCCGUAUGUACAGAUGCUGCAGCCGCCUGCACCUCUUGCAUCAACCACAAAACAAUUACAUGGAAUAGAUUGACCUGCCUGCGUGAGGGGCACUUCCUCAUCCGGACACCCUGCGAACGAUGCUCAAUGAAGAAUCUGCAAACCCCCCCUGCACCGCUGCUUUCGGCUGAUCUGAAGAUGCAAGAUUGGGGUCGCGCCUUUCCUCCAUCAGUCAUGUCCCGUCCAGUCGAUGAGUCGUGGCCUCACGUGAAGAAAAAAGGGGGGGCCCUCAUUUCACUCCUCCUCACUCCUCACCGCGCCUACACCCUGGGAUGGAAUGGCCUGUCAGCGCGAAGGAACCGUCACAGAUAUCCAGUCGCCCACGAUUCCGCUCCAUGCACACGACGCGCAAGCCACAGACUCGAGCAAUCGACGCCGACAAGCUGCCUUUCCGACUCCCGCACUUGGCACGGCGGCUUUUCACACCACUUCCCUCUUGAAGAUCCCCAUCCGCCCUGCCCUUUCAACCAACCAAUCUCCGCCGGCCAUCCACACCGCCACAGACACUGUCCAGUGGCAUUGACCGAACAAUUUGUGAACCGUUUGCUUCUCCCCUGCUCGCCUCUGCUCUCCCUGCUGCCUCCCCUCGCAACAUUAUUCACCGCUCCCGUCACUCGUUCUAUGCGUGGUCUGUACUCGACU